UGAUGCGUACUGCAGGAGCAGACUGGGGGCGCACACACGCUGCAGCACCACACACACACAUCAUUUCCAGUGGAGAUUGGCACACAGAGACGCAGCGCCACGACCACUCCGCUGUGUCUGCUCGGUACGGACUGCUGAAACUUCUGCGCAGAGAGGCGGAUAGAUUCAUCCAGCUCGUCCCAGAUAGCGGAUUAAAUCCACGCUCUCUUCUCUUUCUUUCCUUUUUUUCCUCGCUUUUCUCCUCCUCCUCCUCCUCCUCCUCUGGUUUCGUGUUACAAAGCCUUGGGAGGGAGUUGCGUGGAGAGCCAGUUCCUCUGUUAGAAACUGAAUGACAGGAUCAUAUUGCUCGAUUUGACGUGAAGUCCACACAUUAUAGGAAAAAAAUAAGAGAGGAUACAAGGAAAGAAGAGGGGGAAGCCGCGUGAGGAUUCGUCAGAAGCUGCUGAGGAUGUGGAAUAAUGUAUAACUCCAAUUCAAAAACAAACCCGAGAUAACGGAGAGAGGGGAGAGGGUGGACAGGAUACUGGAUCUUUCGUCAGAGAGAGAGACGCUGAGAGGAAAGCGCAGGACGCGUUGUUUGACUGCGGUCACCACCACCAUCACCGGAAAAAUAAGCCCAAUGUGACCUUCAUCUGAGCCGAGAGUCUCUAUUCAACAUUCACGAGGAAGACCGAGGCAAAACAAGUGAACAGGAGAUUAAGGAGAAAUCACACAGACGCGCGAGGGGAGGAGAAGAAAAGCAAGCUGCCAGGAGCCGAGCUGCUCUCUGAAGUCCCUCCGAUCAACUGAUUGAUCCCUCGAUCAAUUACUCAAGGCGAGUUCCGUCAAAGGGAGCCGACAUGGGCGGGACCAAGUUCUUGCUCCUGGUGUUUCUGGUUGGAUGGGAGAAGUCUCUGGGCCUCAACUGGAACCCGGUACCACGCAAGACUGUUCGAUACCACGAUGUUUUGGACAGCAUGGCGAGGUUCAGUGUUCAGGGAGUUAGCAACUACAGCAUGCUGACUCUGUCCGAUCAUGAGAGGGUUCUGUACGUUGGAGCACGGGAAGCGCUGUUUGCCUUGGACCCCAACGACAUCAGCAGACAGCUCAGACCACAGAUUGACUGGCCGGCCCCGCAGGACAAGAAGAGGGAGUGUGUUGCCAAGGGGAAGAACAACCAGACCGAGUGCUUCAACUACAUCCGUUUCCUCCAGAGCUACAACCACACGCACCUCUACACCUGUGGCACCUAUGCCUUCCAGCCUAAAUGCACCUAUGUGAAUGCUGACUAUUUUGCCCUCAACACUGCUCCCCUGGAAGAUGGCAAGGGUAAAUGCCCAUAUGACCCUGCCAAGGGGCACACUGGCCUGAUCGUGGAUAAGGAGUUGUACUCAGCAACGCUCAACAACUUCCUGGGUACAGAGCCAGUCAUACUGAGGAAUCUGGGCCAACAGCACUACAGCAUGAAGAGUGAAUACUUGCCUGCCUGGCUCAAUGAGCCAGACUUUGUGGGUUCAGCUCUGGUGAGGGAGAGCAGCGGCAGCAAAGAAGGGGACGACGACAAGAUCUACUUCUUCUUCAGCGAACGAGCGCUGGAGCUGGAGUGCGACACCGAGCUCACUGUGGCCCGAGUGGCUCGCGUCUGCAAGGGGGAUCUGGGUGGUACCAGGACCCUGCAGAAGAAGUGGACCACCUUCCAGAAAGCUCGGUUGGUAUGCUCCCUCCCUGAGCGCCACGUCUCCUUCAACAACCUGAGGGCCGUGUUCACGUUGCCGGGCCAGGACUGGAGGGGGACCACCUUCUUCGGCAUCUUCCACGCCCAGUGGGGUGACGUGGACGUGUCAGCGGUGUGUCAGUACCAGAUCAAUGAUGUGAAGGCGGUGUUUAAAGGAUACUACAAAGAGUACAGGGAGGCAUCACAAAGGUGGGGACGCUACACUGGAGCUGUUCCCGUCCCACGGCCUGGAUCGUGUAUAACAAACGCCGACAGGGAGAGCGGCUACAACAGCUCCCUGCAGCUGCCUGACGCCACACUCAACUUUGCCAAGAAGCACCCACUGAUGGACGAUAAAGCUCUGGCUCGCCCCCUGCUGCUCACUAAGGGUGUCAACUUCACAAAGCUGGCAGUGGAUCGAGUCAGCGCCUUGGAUCAGCGGGCGUACAACAUGCUCUUUAUUGGCACGGCCGAGGGAUGGCUGCAGAGAGUGGUGAUCCUGGGCUCCGAGGCCCACGUCAUCGAGGAGAUCCAGCUGUUUGAGACUUCGCAACCAGUGGACAGCCUGACCAUCUCCCACUCCAAGAAAUACUUAUACAUCGGAUCUCGCUCCGAGGUUCUCCAGCUGCCCUUGGCCAACUGCAGCCGCUAUCAGUCACAGCCAGACUGUCUGCUCGCUCGGGAUCCCUACUGCGCCUGGGACAGCGAGGGUCGUGCCUGCGUUCGCAUCGACCUUCACCGCGGCUCUACCUCCUCCCUGUCACAGGACCUCAUGCUGGAAAGGUUCAGCCGGGGAAAAGCCAAGUUUGAUAAGCCCGUCUCCAUACCCAGCCCUGAGCACUCCCGUCUCAGGAAUGUUACGGUGGUGGUGGGUUCGGACAUGGUUCUUCCCUGCCAGCUCGUCUCCAACCUGGCUCAGCCCUGCUGGGUCCUCAACGAUCGUGAGCUCCAGCUGGGGGACCCCGAGGCAGGGGGACCACGCUUUGACCGCACCUUGAGGGCCCUCGUUGUCCCUGAAGCGGGCCAGAUGCAAGCUGGUCGCUACAUCUGCUACUCAGAGGAGCAGGGGGUCAAGUUUCAGACAGAGCGAUACCAAGUGGCUGUGGUCGCCAGCGCUCCAGUCUUCAUGGAGGCCCGGGCUCCUGACAGCAGCAUGGGGCUGUUCUGGGUGCUGGUCAUCACCCUCGGGGCAGCAUGCCUGUUGCUCCUUGUAGCAGCUCUGUACCUGCGCAGGAGGUUAAAGCUAGCGCUAGGUAAAGGAGCUGACAUGAAGCCUCUAGAGAGCACCCUGGUGUAUCCCAUCACUCUGCCCAAGGAGCCACCCACCUUUGUGCCCAGCAAGAUGCCCAGCGACGAGGAUCGGUUCUGGGAGACUGGUGCAAACUACUACUACUCAGAUGGCUCGCUGAAGAUCGUUCCCGGCCACGCCCUUGGGCCCAAUAGCGUCAGCAGCACGGCGUCUCCCAGCGCCAUUCCAGGCCAGCCCAUCCACUCCCCGAGCCGUCUCAGCCUCACCAACAUCAGAGGCUCAGGUAGCAAUGGCUACAUCCGCCUCAACCUGAGCACAGCAGGGGAGGAGAGGGCUAGCGGGGCUGGCGCUGGGGGCGGCGGGCUAGGGGGCCUGGGCAUGGGCGGGAACGACUACUCCAGCCCCUUUAAGGAGGAGCUGAGACGCACUCUGCAACAGAGAAGUGUGCUGCCGGAUGCCAACCCUGAGGAGUCGUCCGUCUAGGCCCGUCCUCCCACGUCUUCUUUCCUUGAGUUGGAAAAACAAAACAACCAACCUACCUCCCUCUUUUUGAGGACGCCUGCUCUCUCUCUCUUCAGUGACACGCUGUCAACUUCACAUGCCCUCUCUCUCUCUCUCUCUCGCUCUGCCAAUGCCUGUUUGGCUCACUGUAGACAUUUAUAGCACACAGCAUGUUAAAUAUACACACUCAUACGAGGGGUUCGUCAACACGGACUCCAAUUAUUAUUGUGUUUGAGCAACAUGCAGUCAUGUUUGUGGCUUUUUCUUCCUCCACUGUGCAAUCGCCACACGUGUAAAUUUUGUAUUUAAAAAGGCUGAACGCAGAGGGAAACACCUCAAGCAUGGAAAUCAAAUGAAUGGCGUGACGUGUUUUCCUGAAGGGCACAUUUCUUUUACGUUAAGUGGACCAAGUGAGGCUUUCAGCCCUUGUGCUGAGGCCGGUUGAUGAACGGCAAAAGCAUCUGACUGGAAAUACUGAACAAAUUCUCUGGUCCUUCUUUUCCUUGAGACCUUUUCAGCUUACUGCACUUAAAAAACUGGAAGCGCGUCUUCCCUUUUUGUACUUGUGAGCCAAGAGUGUGAGAGCGGUAUUAAAUAAGACUAAUUAAUCUCAAAGCAAGACGACAAUCAUGUCCCCGUAGCAGGAGCUCUGCGUGGGACCGAGAGGAGAGGAGAGAGAGCGAGAGACAAAGAGAGAGGAAAUUAAAUGGAAAAUGAAGUGAAUUGGAGUGAAAGACGCAAGGGGGGUUUUGAAUGAAGGACAAUCUCUCAAGACUUUCUCUGCUCAAUUUGUAUUUUUUCCCCCAUGUUGUAUUUACCCCGGAGAAAGUCCCUGAUCCCUUCCACAUUAAUUUGUUGUGACUGUUUGGUUUGAAUUAAGACAUUUCUUGUUGUUCUUUUUCUGUGUCUUACGGACUACAACAGCGUCCGAACGGUUAUCAAGUGACUAAUGGCUCCCCUCUGUGAAUGACAAUGUGAGGGCAGGCGCUUACAUUCCUUGCUUUGCCCUGCACGGUGACCCUCAAACGCACCUUCAAGUCCAAUAUACUACAAGUGCACUCCAAAUGACAUUUAUUCAGCUGCAGUGUGUCACAGAUAUAAGUUUUGGUUGAGCUCUUUUGGAUGUUUGUUCAUGGCUUUAGCAGGAAACGGCUGUUUGCAUUCAGCUCUUUGCAGCGGAACACAAACUGCACACUUAAACCCAAAUUGAAGCUGACAUGAAGACAUUAGGCAUGGAGAAUGUAGUUGAACCCUCACUGUUACGACCGCUGUGGAUGUCUCAAUAAGUGCUUUAUAUCUUACGUGUUUGGUGAGGGUGGUAACUUGCACUGCCAAGAAGGAAACUUGCCCUCCCACACACACUUUCACUCACACACUCAGUCCUCUGAAUGGCAACCAUCAUGGACUACUGUGUGUUUGUGACGUACCCGUAAACACCCUGAACCUCUCCCUCAUACCGAUGCCCAGAGAAUGACGCAGGGCUACUGUGGACUUUUACAGAGGAAGAGCACUGUAAUACACACCGACACAAAAAAGAAGGCCGACACAGUGUUGACGGAAGAACAGACGGACAGAUGGAUGGAUCUCUGCCGUGCUGAGUAACUGCUGGCUCCAGGCAUGAAGCGGCAGUGAACCAGUCAAAGGGUCCAUUUCCUGUUUUUGGGCCAUGUCUGUCGGGACCAGAGGAGCCCAGCACGAAGGAAAGGGAGGACAAAAGUACCGGUCUUCCCCCCCACUGUGUACAGAGCGUCGAGAGAGAUGUAGAAUAUCAAAAUGAUCCCAAGGUUGAAGAGGUAUUCGGCCGUCAGCACUCCAUCCUAGUGUUGCAUGAUCCUCUGCAAGUGGACUGUACAUCUUUGAUAUGAUCAUCCUUGUACAAGUGUUUCAUUUUGAUCUGUCAUUUUUGGACUUUUACAGACACUAAUAUGUGGAACACUAAUGCUCUCUGAAAAAAAAACACUAAAUAUGUCUGAUUCUCUGGUUCAGGGGUUGUACAGGAAUUCAUGGCUGCGUUUCAACAUGUUUACUUUUUCUGUGCCUCUUCACCUUUUGGACAAGCCAAAGUAGACUGCAGUUGCUUUUGUUUCUUGUUGGAGUUCUUAAAUUAAUUUUAUUUGAUUUCAGAUCGAUAUUUAAGUCUCAGCAGUCCGUCCACUUUGCUUCACUGAGCUGAUGUCUGCAACUUUUCUGAAUAUUUUAUCUGCAGCUAAAUUCUCCCUCAAGAACGACGCAGAAUUCGCCUGAGGCUGAUCAACUUCCCGUGUGCUUUCUGAUUAUAUGUCAGCAGUGAUCUGCUCCAAUCCUUGUCGUCUCACUCUAUAAAGUAAUGUACCAAAACUUAAACUAUUUUUUAAUUUAUCAGCCCCCAAAACCAAAAAAGUGUCUGUUGAUUCAGAGCAGGGUAGUGAUAGAAUAUGUCCACUUAAAUUAUUAAAGCAAGGAGCUUGAAUAUAAAGCUCUCUACGCUGGUACUUGUCUAAGAGAAGUUCCCUUUUACAAUUUCAAUGACAUUGGAGAUAAAGAUAAAGGAAUACAGGUGAGAAAAAUGCAUGUGUAAUGUUCUUUAUGUGCUGUUCUUCAGUUCUUACACAUUUGUUUGCUUGUAAUAUUUCCUUUCACAAAUGGCUUUAACUCCUGCUUUCUUUCUGGCUUUAUUUGUAUUAUUAUUAUCAAUCCGAUGCUACUUUGCCCCAUUUUUGCUUGUCUUGUUAUUGAUCUUUUAUGUUGGUUUUUAAAAUAUGAUAAGUAACUUAUUUCACUUGUACAAACAUGUUGAUAUUUAUUAUCAUUGUACAUAUGUCCUUAUUUUUUAUAUGUGUAUAUAUACACAAAUAAAAAUAGAGAUAUUAUUG